AUGCUUGGCUCGCAUAAAGACGACGUUGCUGAUUUGCUAUCAGAAGCUCAAAAAAGAAAGCAGGGGAUUCGAGAAACGGGAGAAUAUUUGGACGCUCAUAUUACAGGACCUGAGCCUUUAACGAAAAUGGAAGAAUCUGAAGUCUCGGAGGAUAAGAAAGAACUAAGCCUACGAGCAAAAAUUAGGCAUUUAAAGGGUAUAUACGGGCAAAUGAGCCAUGAAAACGAGAAGCUAGUCGCCCAUUUGGAGAAUUACAAAGGACAACUUGACACUGAAGCCAAAGCCGCCAAAGAAUAUAAGGAAAAUGCUUUGCAGAAAGCGAAUGAAAAUGGAUUGCUCCAGAGGGAAGUUAUUAAGCUGAAAAAGGCGAACUCAGAGCUCAACUUAGCAAUCCGAGAAGCAAGGGUAGGAUAA